AUGUCCAGCCCAGAUGCGAGUCUCCUCAGCGCUGCAGCAUUCCUGGGCCACGCGACUGUAGUAAAGCGCCUGCUUGAGAAUGGCAACGAUCCGACACACAAUGAUAAAAUCUUCCCAUCUGCCAUUGAAGCAGCAGCACUAUCUGGAAAGAUCGAGAUCUUACAACUUCUUCAGGAGAGUUUGCCUGACAAUGUUGAGCCCACCUAUAAUGAUACUGGAUCAGAGACACGGCCAUUUCUCUGCCAUUACUCCUUGGGAGAAAUUUACCAAAAGGGUAAAGCAGAUAUCCAGGGGGUUCUUGGUGCUGCUAUGAAUGGUGAUACCGGGAUUUUGGAGAUGGCAAUAUAUCCCCCCUCUCGGGCUGAUCAGAGUGCUGCCUACUUUGACUAUAUGCCCAACGGAGAUAACAGUUUGCCAAAGCACUGGAGACCCAAAGUUUUACUCGGGAAAGUGGCAGGAUUCGCCAAAAACUGGGCGGUAUAUACCAAGUUGAUCUCUCUUAUCCCUGAACUACCCGAUCACGUUCGUGCUAUGCACUUGAGGCGCUUUGCUGAAUACGGCAACCUCGAUGUUGUGAAGAACCUACUUGAUUCUGGGUGUCAUGUUGACGGAGAUUGCAAGGCAACCGAAGGCAGUGUGGGUAAUGGCAAUGUGGAGACCCCUCUUUACCUUGCUGCUCGUUUUGGGAAUGAAGAUGUGGUGAAUCUACUACUUGAAUACGGUGCAGAUGUUGAUAAGGCUCGUCUCCAAAUUCACCGUCCAAUGGAAGGCGCCGUCAAGUCCGGCAGUAUUGCCAUCGUUCAGAAACUCCUUACAAAUGGUGCUGUUUGUGAUUACACUAUUGUCGUCCAAGCACUUCAUUCUGAGUAUACAGCUAUGGUAGAAUUGCUCUUGGACCAGUUCACAGAGGAAUGCCUGCAUACUGUAUUUGGAAGGGAUCUUGCAGAAGAAAUGUUGGAACGGGGUCUGACCUCUAUCGCGGAGAUGGAGAGCCAGGAGCUGGCUGAGGAAGCCCUCGCUGGGUGGUGGUGA